GCCACUCUGACAAAGGAGCUGAAUGUCUGCAGAGAACAGCUGCUGGAGAAGGAGGAGGAGAUUUCAGAGUUGAAGGCCGAGAGGAACAACACCAGACUGCUGUUGGAACAUUUGGAGUGUUUGGUGUCAAGGCACGAGCGUUCCCUGCGCAUGACGGUGGUGAAGCGACAGGCUCAGUCUCCUUCAGGAGUGUCCAGUGAGGUGGAGGUCCUCAAAGCCCUCAAGUCCCUUUUUGAGCAUCACAAAGCAUUGGAUGAAAAGGUACGAGAGAGAUUGCGGGUAUCACUUGAGAGAGUCUCUGCCUUAGAGGAGGAGUUAGCCGCAGCCAAUCAGGAGAUUGUAGCCUUGAGAGAACAGAAUGCCCACAUCCAGAGGAAGGUUGCAUCAGGAGAGGGAGGUGAAGACUUGCUGGAGGGCACUGAUGCCCAGAAAGUGCAUGGCAAGAGGUUGUCUAAUGGGUCGAUGGAGUCGUGUGAUGAGGCCAGUCAGGUGGUGGAGCUGCAGGAGUUACUGGAGAAGCAGAACUAUGAGCUGGCACAGAUGAAGGAGCGCAUGUCCUCACUGUCAUCACGUGUAUCUGAGGUGGAACAGGAGCUGGAAACGGCACGCAAAGACCUCAUCAAGAGUGAAGACAUGAACAACAAGUACCAAAGAGAUAUUAAAGAGGCGAUGUGUCAAAAAGAUGACAUGGAGGAACGGAUCGUGACUCUUGAGAAGCGCUAUCUCAGUGCCCAGCGAGAGUCCACGUCGCUACAUGACAUCACAGACAAGCUGGAAAACGAACUGGCCAAUAAGGAGGCGUUCCUCAGACAGAUGGAGGAGAAGAACAGGCAGUUACAGGAGCGCUUGGAGUUAGCGGAACAGAAGCUACAGCAGACUAUGAGAAAAGCAGAGACACUGCCUGAAGUAGAGGCUGAACUAGCGCAGAGGAUAGCAGCUCUCACUAAGGCGGAGGAGCGGCACGGCAGUAUCGAAGAGCGUAUGAGACAUUUAGAAGGACAACUGGAGGAGAAGAACCAAGAACUGCUCAGGGCUCGACAGAGAGAAAAGAUGAAUGAAGAGCACAACAAGCGUCUUUCAGACACUGUGGACAGACUUCUGACUGAGUCAAAUGAACGAUUACAACUUCAUCUGAAAGAAAGGAUGGCCGCUCUUGAGGAGAAGAAUGUUUUAAUACAAGACUCUGAGAGCUACAGGAAGCAGUUGGAAGAUUCCUUUCAAGAAAAGUCUCAUCUCUCUGAGGAGAUGGAUAAAAUGAGAUCUGAACUGGAUCAGUACCGGCUGAGGGCUGGAUCCCUUACAGAGCCCACACUGUCACGGUCUCAUCUGGAUGCAUCCGGUGAUCUGCGUUUCUCUCUGGGCUCUCUGGCCGAGACACAGUCGGACCACUACCGCUCCACCAAGGUUAUCCGCAGGCCAAGGAGAGGACGCAUGGGACUUUGUAUGGAGGAACAGAAGGCUAAGUCUCUGGGCGAGCAUGAAUGGCGCUCUCAGCAGCUUGGCAUUCUGGGCAGCCACCCGUACGAAAGUGACACAGAGAUGUCAGAUAUCGAUGACGAUGACCGUGAGACCCUCUUCAGCUCGAUGGAUCUCCUGUCUCCUGGAGGACAUUCAGAUGCUCAGACUCUGGCAAUGAUGCUACAAGAACAGCUGGAUGCCAUUAAUAAAGAGAUCCGGUUGAUCCAAGAAGAGAAGGAGUCAACAGAACUGAGAGCGGAGGAAAUCGAGAACCGCGUGGCCAGUGUGAGCCUGGAGGGGCUUAACCUGGCGCGGUUGCACCAUCCUGGAGCCUCCAUCACUGCCUCAGCCACCGCCUCCUCCCUCGCCUCAUCCUCGCCUCCCAGCGGACACUCCACCCCCAAACUCACCCCCUGCAGCCCUGCACGCGACAUGGAGCGCAUGGGGGUCAUGACACUGCCCAGUGACUUGCGGAAACACAGGAGAAAGAUCGCAGCAGUGGACGAGGACGGCCGAGAGGACAAGGCCACCAUCAAAUGCGAGACCUCUCCACCUCCCACCCCUCGCCAAGUCCGCAUGACACACACGCUCCCCUCCUCACACAACGACGCACGGCUGACUGCAUUAGAGACAGAGGCCAGUGCUCUGAGCAGUGUAGCCAGCAGUCAGGACUCCCUCCACAAGCAGCCAAAGAAGAAAGGCAUCAAAUCCUCCAUCGGCAGACUGUUUGGGAAGAAGGAGAAGGCCAGACUGGGACAGCUGGGGAAAGAGCUGGUGGGUCCAGGACAAGGGAAUGUAUCUGAUCCUGAGCUUCUGGGUCAGGAUGUUGCAGUGGGAAAGCUGGGAACACAGGCAGAGAAAGAUCGCAGACUUAAAAAGAAACAUGAGUUGUUGGAAGAAGCAAGAAGAAAAGGGUUACCCUUCGCUCAGUGGGACGGUCCUACGGUUGUUGCGUGGUUGGAGCUGUGGCUGGGGAUGCCAGCAUGGUAUGUGGCAGCAUGUCGUGCCAAUGUGAAAAGCGGUGCUAUUAUGUCGGCCCUGUCGGACACUGAGAUUCAGAGAGAGAUCGGCAUCAGUAACCCGCUGCACCGCCUCAAACUACGCCUGGCCAUACAGGAGAUGGUCUCACUCACCAGCCCCUCAGCGCCCCCUACAUCUAGAACUCCGUCGGGUAAUGUGUGGGUAACCCAUGAGGAAAUGGAGACCCUUGCUGCCCCCUCCAAAACGAAGUCAGCGUCAGAAGAGGGCAGCUGGUCACAGACACUGGCAUACGGGGAUAUGAACCACGAAUGGAUUGGGAACGAGUGGCUGCCCAGUCUAGGUCUACCUCAGUACCGCAGCUACUUCAUGGAGUGUUUGGUGGAUGCACGCAUGCUGGACCAUCUCACCAAGAAAGACCUCAGGGUGCAUUUAAAAAUGGUGGACAGCUUUCACAGAACCAGUCUGCAGUACGGCAUUAUGUGUUUGAAGAAGCUCAACUAUGACAGGAAAGAUCUGGAGAGACGCAGAGAGAGCAGCCAACAUGAGAUCAGAGACGUGCUAGUGUGGACCAACGAGCGUGUGAUCCGUUGGAUUCAAGGCAUCGGUCUCCGCGAUUAUGCCAACAUCCUGUUAGAGAGCGGCGUGCACGGGGCGCUUAUCGCACUCGAUGACAACUUUGACUAUAGCAGUCUCGCCCUGUUGCUGCAGAUCCCCAACCAAAACACUCAGGCGAGACAAAUUCUGGAACGAGAGUACAACAACUUGCUGGCACUGGGAACAGAAAGACGAUUAGAUGAGUGUGAUAAGAAAGACUUCAGAGGGCCGUCAUGGAGGAGGCAGUUUCCUCCACGGGACGUUCACGGAAUCAGCAUGAUGCCCGGCUCAGCGGAGACCCUGCCUGCAGGCUUCCGUCUCACUGCCACCUCUGCACACUCACGCAGACUGCCACCCGAGGUCGGGCCAUCAGCAUUACAGCGCUUGGACAGUUCCACUGUGAGGACCUACUCUUGCUGAGAGAAGACAAAGACUUUAUGUGAAAUAUAAGCUAUGUAUUUUGAGUCAUACUUUGAAGUUGCGUGAAGGGUCACUGGGUGAAAUGAAGAAUUCUGAGAAGUCACACUGCCAAGAGAACAAGAAAAUCCCCAGAGUAUGGGGCGAGGAGGGGGGAGGUUAACGGUGUGCCAGCCCCACACCCCCUCCUCAGCACUGAACAAGCCAAGGCCACAACCCAGGCACCCCCCACAGGUGCUAACACACACUCACCCUUUCUACUUCAGCUUACAUACUAUCUAUUCUACAGGGGAUGUGUAGGUUCAUCUGUAAAUUAAUAUAAAUAAAGAUGUUUUUAUAGAUAUAAAUAUAUAUAUAUAUAUAUAUAUACACACAUGUCUGUAUAAAACGUUGAAGAAAAAAGACAAGAACAUAUUCAGAGUUUGUGAAGAUUAUGUCCCUUAACGUCAAGGUUAAAAAUGAUGCUGCUCUUCAAUCUUUUCACCUAGACCAGAGAGAUGUUUUGUACAUGCUAUUACUUUCAUUUCGAUUGUUCAUGUGUUUUGAGGCCUGUUGUGAUCUGCUGGUUGAAAGCCCCAUCCACCUCAUUCAGAUGUCACUUCAUGUUGCCGGCCAAUGAGAGCUGUACGUACCUGUCAUGUCCCACCAGUUACAUCACUCAAGCCAGAAUGGAGCUCAAAGGCUUGUCAGAUUUUAAAGUCUACAUGAAACGGCAUUUUCAACCAAUUGAACGUCCGAGUGAAACAGGAUAUUCAGUAAGAAAAUUAAGUAGGAUGGGAACUGGUUUGAUUUGAUUGAUUGGAUCAUAAAAGGUUUGCACUCCAUACUAGAAAGGAGCCAGACGUGAAUACCAGUUUGCAGUGGAUUGCACACCCACUUUUUGAGGUUUUUGGACCGGGACAUAGAGACUGAAGGUCUUCCCAAUGGUAGUCUUGUUUCACAUCUAUCAUUAUUUGCCAUUAUUGCCAUAACUUAUAUUAUGUUAACACAAAAAUGGCGUUAAAUUACCGUGUUAACUAGUGGAAAGUUUUCAGAAAAGCAAAACAAUGCUUAAAAUGCUACAACUGUUAGUGAUUUACUGAUAACUACCAAAUAUCAGCUUAUUUUUUAAUAAUCUGACAAUGCAAGAAAACCACGUUGGAAAUUGCUAGGUUAUUCUCUGCUUUUGACGUUAAAAUGUAAAUAGGGUUGUGUACAACAUUUGCACACAUUGUAUUUGGCGGAAAGAACGUCAGUAGGUGUUUAAAUGUAACAGAAAUCUGGAUACUGGCCAAAAAUCAGUUUGGCAUUCGGUUUGAACCAUUUUGACCUUGCCCCGAUAAAGGAAACCAUUUCAUAUGACCUUACAUGUUGUCCGCUUAUUAAGCAUAAUUAGUCAAAUACUGUCAAUGUAAAAACUUUCAAUGUUUCAAUAGCUAAAACAGCAAGUUUGUCUACAUGUACACCAAUAUGCUGUUAGUGACCAAAAAGCUGCUUAUUUAAAAUCGUACGCAAGAAAACCAUGUUUACAUGCAAUUUGAUAUCAUCGGGUUAUUCUUUGCUUUUGACUUUAAAAUGUAACGAGCACAGGCAUAAAGCGAUAAUUUUAAUAAAAAUAUGGAAAAUUACAAAGCAAUGAUGAGUCCGUGAAGCCAAUAUUACUACAGUGUAAACCUUUUGAAUGUGUAAUUUUAAGUUCAGAUCGGAUGGCCACUUUCUUGACUCCAUUUGCAUAUGGUGGUUUAAGUACUUCAUAGAGUAUACAUUUAUUCAGAAUAUUUCUGCACACAGACAGAUUACACACAAAAAAUAUUUAAAAAAAUUUGCCAACAUAUUCAGCUUCAUAUGGUGAGAAAAAAUAAAUAAUAUAUCAACAAUUGAAUCAAAUAAUAAUAUAAUAAUUAUUAUUUUAAUAAAAGUAAUAUUAUUGUUAUUAUUAUAUUUAAAUAGGCCUGUCUGAGGCAUACUUUAUAUACAGAAGCUAUAGCUAAACAUAAGAGUUACAUUAUAAAAUUAGUUUUGACGUACUUCUGGUUUAAACCCCGCCCACAUCUGGUUGUAUCCUAAUACGGAUACAGUUACAGAUCAUUUUGUCAUAGUUACAGAUACAGAUAAUGGCUUUGCUGCACACCCAUAGUUAUGACCUUACCGUGAUACAGGAACGGCAUCUUACAUGACUUUAAACGUGCACUCAGUGCCAAAGAUUUGGCUGUUUCUUAACAUUAUUUUUGCCACCCUGCGCAGCCUAAACUUAAACGAAAGCUUAAACGAAAAGUAAUUUGAGGGGAAAUUAUGAAAUAUUUCAAUAAAGUAAAUGUUGAUUUCAUGUUGACUUUAAAGCAUCUCAUCAUGGAUGUUAAUGUUUGGCAAGAAUGAAUGCAUAACACUAACCAUUUAUGGAUCAAAUUGUCAUCUGUCAUGGGCAAAACAAAAUGUCCCAGAAAAGCAGAGCGUGCCACUAUGAAAUGUACUACUCGCAUCACUUAGCAAACACUCUGCAUGACGGCACACCUGCUGUCAUUCACUGAACACCUGACCACUUACCAACCAAUCAGCUGGCCUCAUUCAAGAGGGUCCAACCCACUCAAUGUUAUUUCUCAUAGGCGAAAUAACUAAAAGACAGGCUUAGCUCAUAGUGAACAUAGUGUAUAUCAACUUGUUGAAGUCCAGAUUACAAUUUUUAAAAGGCAAACCUUUUGCUUGCUGUGACUUUGGUGUAAAACUGUUUUAAAACUCUGUUUCUGUUGAGGUUUCAGGGGAAAACUGUUGUACAGCCAUUGACUUCCUGUCUUUGAGUUAUUUCUGACACAAAAACUGUUUAUAUAUCCCUGUUUUGCACGCAAAGAUCAUCUUUUUAUUUUGUGUCCAUUUUUUUAUUUAUUACUGAUUGUAUUUUGGUCAAAACUAUGUGGUGAUCAAAAAACUUGUCAUUGUCAAUAAAAAGUACUGUC